AAAACCUGUCUGUCAGGUAAAGAUACCAAUGGUGAUUCGGGGAAGGGACAAGAUAUGAUCCAAUUCGAUCAGAAAACUGAAUCUUGAAGAACUUCAGUACGUACAGCGGUACAGGAAGUCCAUGCCUUUUAUCUUCCCAAGCAGAUAUCGAUCAGUGACGUUGCCGGUAGCGUUACACCGUCAACUUCGGAGGACAGUAGCCCGUGGCCCCCGCGUUUGGAAUGGCUUAUUGCAUGUCGGCAAAGGGGAACGAACCCUUUACAGCCGCUAAAUACUAAUCAGGCUCUUCUCGCUUUCUCACAGCUCCGACAACACGAGCCAGUCGUGCGGGUUUCCAUUAUUACUAUGGCCGAGUUGAUUUGUCGUCUCCUCGCAUGCUUGUGCUAAUUUAAUCUCACCCCACCCAUGUCUGCGCGUGUACCCCUCUAUGUUGCUGCACGAUCGACUGCAAAGCAGAAAAGACAACGGACUCGGUCAGGCUGUUUCGUAUGCAAGCGAAGAAAGGUCAAGUGUGAUGAGGGGAAACCCUCAUGUGGUCAGUGCCGUGCCAAAAGUCUCACUUGCACCUACGACCGUAAUGCUACGCGGACCCGUGUGAACGAUGACGCAAGGAAUACUUCCACAGCUCUAGGGUCGAUUCAAGCACCUACGAUCCGGAGUUCCUCUUGGGACUCAGUGGACCCUGACAAAGUUUCUCACUCCAUUCACGACCAAGAUGUCGUGAACAGUCAGGUUGAAGAGCCACUCGCCAAAGAUUUCUGCGCGCAAAUGACUCGGAAUAUCAUUCGGAGUGUCGACUGUCCGGGAAACCCUCAUUUGGACGUCUUCAAAUGCCUCAUGCAGUCCCCAACAGUUCUACACGCAUCACGAGCACUUGCGAACCUUCAUAAUUCUGCGCCCGCGUUAUGUCCUGAAGAAGUUGUCCGCAGCCGAACAGCCAGUUUAAAGCAUCAAGGAACAGCGAUUCAACUUCUCAAACGCGACCUUCAAAUUCCCAAAUUGGCCCAUACGGAUGCUGUACUCGCAGCGACUAUACUACUUUAUCUGUUCGAGAAGGCAUAUGAUGCCGACAACGAAAACCAUUUAAGCUACUUUGAAGGAGCUCGUACCCUGAUUCACCAGCGCUUCUUCACCGUAAAAGACGUAGCUUCGCAAGAGGACGAAGUCUCGUGGGCUACAAGGGUUCUGGUGAAAACAUUCGUCUGGCAUAAUGUAACGAUUAUUGUGUCUAAGCCGUUCUUGUUCCAGGAUAGGGACGUCGAUAUUCUUAGACUGACGGACUUGCUGAAUGUAAAGAGUGAACAGAAUCUGUAUUUGCUAGGCUGGGCGAAAGAUGUAUUCUGGUUUAUGACCAAUCUUGCUGCUUUUACUCAGAGCCUACUGGUCGGUAUGCCCCCAGACCAAGAUAACGCUGCAUGGAGUAUGAGGAUGCUUCCUAGAGCGAUGCGCGUCGAAAAAAGGCUUAAAGCGCACACGGUGACUAUAGAGUCGGUGAAAUAUUAUAUGGGAAAGGUUGAGGUUGCCGAGGACACAAUGAAACAUUGUCUAUCAACAAUCGAACUGUUACGCCGAACCUCACUGCUCUAUCUGUACCAGGUGAUGCCGGACUUGAUGCCAUCGUUCUUGGUCGACGACCUAGCGCAUGAGUUACUCCAACAACUACACGACAUUCCGAAGGACAGCCCCAUGAUAGCAUACCAUGGGUGGAUUCUGCUCACUGUCGGUGCACAAUGCCUGGAUCCUAUAGACCGUGGAUUGGUGCUCGAAAGAUUGGAGCUCAGUCACGGCAAAUUUCAGCUAUCGUCGGUCGCCACCAAUGCAACGAAACUCCUUUUAGAGGUCUGGAGGCGAAGAGACGAGCGACUUAGGGACGGAACCUAUACAAGUCGUGUGGGCAUCGGGCAUUGGACUGAUGUUUUGAGGGAUAUCGGACCAAAUCUGGCGACAGCAGGUGCACGACAAAACAUUAUCCGACUGUGGGUUGCUUCUUUCUAGAUAAGCAACACCCACGAAUGUGAGCAGUAACGCCAUAUCGUUGAUCACCAACAACUUACUCUAUACCAACGAAAAGCUUUCGCUUAUUUUAUAUCCCAUCCGAUUGGCUCGCUUCUAAG